CACUAACCAGUCUCGAAAGUGACAUCAAAUCGCCUGCCGACACCGACGGGAGUGUCGCAACACUCGCCGCAAGCCAUCCCUCAAUUCGUUCGGAUUCAACGUUCUACUGGUGCGAUGUGCUAACAGCCAGCGAGCUCGACUCUACUAAAAACAAUAAGCGAGAACCCUAGGGGCUUGAGUGGCGCGUCCGAACGACGCAGAUUACUCAAGAUACAAUGGCAGGUCCGGCAUUGGCGCCAUCGAGCAGGAUAUCAAAUAACGCCAAUGGCUUCCUCGCCAUGCGGUCAAUGGCCGUGGGCCUCGCCCGCAUUUUCUUCACGACCAUGUCGACCGCCUAUGCUGCACCCCUCGGCAUAAGCGGCCACGGCGACGACGCCGACCGCCACGACGCCGAAGGUGCGAGUGUCUGGGUUCUUUACGCAGCCUCGGUGGUUCUCGUGCUAUUGGGUGGCGCUUUUGCGGGAUUGACCAUCGCACUCAUGGGACAGGAUGGUAUCUACCUCCAGGUCAUGGCCGGAGAUCCGAGCGAGCCGCAACAGAAGAACGCAAAACGGGUCUAUGAGCUGCUCAAGAAGGGCAAACAUUGGGUCUUGGUCACACUUCUCUUAGCCAACGUUAUUGUGAACGAGACCCUCCCCGUCGUCCUUGAUCGUUGUCUCGGCGGCGGCGUUGCUGCGGUGGUGGGCUCGACAUUUCUGAUCGUGAUUUUUGGCGAGGUUCUCCCACAAUCCGUCUGCGUCCGGUACGGUCUCCAAAUUGGCGGAUACAUGUCCAAGCCGGUUCUCGGCCUAAUGUACCUGAUGGCGCCCAUCGCCUGGCCGACUGCGAAGCUUCUCGACUGGCUCCUUGGAGAAGACCACGGCACCGUCUACAAGAAGAGUGGGUUGAAGACGCUAGUGACGCUGCACAAGAGCCUCGGUGAUGUGUCUCAGCGGCUGAAUCAAGAUGAAGUCACCAUCAUCAGCGCAGUCCUGGAUUUGAAGGAAAAACCGGUCUCAAAUGUGAUGACCCCGAUGCAGGACGUCUUUACCAUGGCCGAGGACACUGUGCUGGAUGAGGAGACCAUGGACAUGAUUCUGUCUGCAGGCUACUCGCGUAUUCCCAUCCACGAGACGGGAAACCCGACCAAUUUUGUUGGCAUGCUGCUGGUCAAGAUCCUCAUCACGUACGAUCCCGAGGACUGCAAGCGGGUCCGCGAUUUCACCUUGGCCACCCUUCCCGAGACGCGACCGGAGACGAGCUGCCUAGACAUCGUCAACUUUUUUCAGGAGGGCAAAUCCCACAUGGUGCUCGUUUCCGAGUAUCCGGGGGAGGACCAUGGCGCUCUUGGUGUGGUGACUCUUGAGGAUGUCAUUGAAGAGCUAAUUGGAGAGGAAAUCAUUGACGAGUCAGACGUUUACAUUGACGUGCACAAAGCCAUCCGCCGCCUUACCCCGGCUCCCAAAGCAAAGGUUCAGCGGCGACACUCCGAAGAACCAAAUGGGAAGCACAGCAAUCUGACCAGUAUGAAGUGUGAUAGCGACAGCGCCCUUCUGGAUGUUAACAAGGCGCCUCAAACCGCUGGCAUGACAAGCGCCGAAUCCCCAAUGCUCUCAAGCAGUCCCAAGACAGCAAUGUUGAUGAUGCGCCGGAGCUCGGCUGGCUUGGAUGGCCAAUUUGUAAGGACAACCGUCCCGGUUCGGGCGAAUUUUCAGGACAUCCGAGAGCAUCUCAAGCACCUGGGCCCUUCCAACCCGGCCAUGAACCCCAACAAAACCCGCUCGACCACGGUCAAAGUGAAACCGGGUAGUGGUAUGCAUUCAGGUCAGCCGCGGCACAGCUCAAUCGCUGAAUUACCGACCGAGGAGAGGCCAAUGGAGGAUGAAGGGGACGAAACCACCCUCCUGCUGAGACCUCAAUUUUCUGGGAAGGACGGCAUUCAGGCGUUGACGCAGCAAACAUACGGCUCGGUCAGCCCCGCCAUAACCGUACAGCACGCGCCCCAGACAAACGGGUUACCUACAUUGCACCUCGACUUGGAGGACAACGUGCACCAAUUCACACAAACCAUGGCCCAAUCGAGCAUUGUCGACUACCCAUCCCCCGACGCCCCUUCGCAACCGCAACAAGAGCUCGACAAACAGCCAUCGCGCGGCAGCUCAAGCGGCGAGAGCGCCAGCAGCAUAAAGACGGCGGACAACGCUCUCACCCCGAACCGGCCGUACGUCCGCAGCGGCAGCAUCACCGAGAACAUCGUCGAGUCACGGGGCGUGCGGAAAGUGGUACUCGAGACGACGAGCUCCUCCAACGACGAGGAAGAGUCUGCCGCUGUGAUGACUGUGGCCUCGUCGUCGCCCGACCAACCCAAAAUCCGAGGCAGAUCUACAUUUGGCUUGUUCAGGAGGGACAGCAGUAAGGAGGCCAAGGGCUUGCCGACUCCGGUUGAGGAACGGGAGGAGGAGGAGGAGGAGGAGGACUUGCUGCCUCAUCCUGUUUCUGGGGAAGGAGUGGAGGGGGAGGACGACGACGACGAGGAAGGGGCGCCCGGGACGUAUGCUGAGGCUGUUGCCAAGGGCAUGUCUCAAGGGGGUGGCGCACAAGCGGGGUCUUUGUCUGGACCGAGUGGUGGUGGUGGUGGUGGUGCGGGAAAGAAGAAGAAUAGAAGGAAGAAGCGCAAGGGCGGCAAGUCUUAGGCGGACGGGCUGACUGGGUCGAUGUUGGUGUUUGGGGAGUGUACUGGGCAAUAAGCAGACAUGACAUGUUUGUAUUAGCAGUAGCAUUGCUUUUGCUUUCAAGGGGGGUACGCAUCAGGGUUUGGGAGGAUGUGUUUGAAGGCGUCAGCGGGUUUGGGUGCGACUUUAGGUUGUAUCAUCAGUGUGUCGGCACAGUGUACCGUAACUCAAAAUGCUAGAAAGUCACUGGCUACGCCGUACCAACCAAGCUCACGAAAGCUCUUCAGUUUUCUGCGCUG